AUGCAUGGCACUUCCAUUAACGCCACUGAACUACGAGGCAGCGGAAUUCAGUUUGUAUUUCAGUAUCUGGGUAGUGUACCUGUAACUGCGGCUCUGCAUGAGAUGACCGCCGAUAUGCGACCACUCGUCUUCCUCGGCGAACCAAAGGUGACAAAUCAUCAAAUCGAGCUGAAUAUUUCUACUAAAUCGCUGACUAUUAUUCAUUCUGAUGUGAGGGAACCUGAAAGACUAAAUCGAUUGAUUGCUCGGCAUAGCAUUGAGCUUGUUUCGUUUGCGGCACAAGGGUCUAAUGAAACGAACACUGCUGAUAUGUUUGGAUAUAUAGCGAAGCUUAGGAACGAAACUGAUAGACGUUGUCAUGUUUUUCAGUUCAGAGACGUACCAAGAGUAAUGCACAUCAUUGAUGAUGCUAUCCGUUUGGCCACGCUCGACAUGUCGCCUCCCAUGGCGCCACCCAUUCAACCCACCUCUGGCAUAGUUAAUGAGCCUAAGCGACAGCCUCUGGCGCCUUCACCUCGGCCAGCUAAUAGGAAUCACAUUCCUGAUCGGCCUUCCCCAGAACCUGGUGGGUCAUGUUCAAGAGACGAUCCGAAUGGCCUUCUUGGGUUGGAUUUGUGCGACAAGCCAUGGUUCCAUGGUGAACUUAAUCGUGCGAGUUCUGAAUAUCUUUUACAGAAAGAUGGUGAUUUUUUGGUUAGAACAAGUGCAAACUCGCCGGGACAGUUCAUCCUGGACGGAAUGGAACAAGGGAAGCAUCGUCAUAUUCUCCUUAUAAAUGAGGGGGUGUCUUAUAGAACGGUGCUUUCGUCAUAA